AUUCUAUUCUCUAUGGAUUUAUUAUUGCUUUGACGCGAGCGCGUUGUGCUUAUUGAUUGAAUUAAAAGCAUUUAUUUGGUGUUACUUUAAAGGAAACUUACUACCUCGUAAAUAGUUAUUAAAUUAUGGAUUAUUAAAGUUCGAUAUAUUCAACUAACGACAUGGUUGUUUCACCACAAACCCCCGACAACGAUUCCCAAACUGUGCAAACAAAAAGAAACAAUAUGGCGUCCAAACAGUCCUCAGUGGCUGAUACAAGAGCAGAGUUGGCGGAAUUGGUGAAAAGAAAAGCCGAAGUGGCUGAAACCCUUGCUAACUUGGAACGCCAGAUAUAUGCAUUUGAAGGAUCAUAUUUAGAAGACACUCAGCUUUAUGGAAAUAUCAUUAGAGGAUGGGACCGAUACUUGACCACCAAUAAGAGCACAAACUCAAAGGCAGACAAAAGAAACAGAAAAUUCAAAGAGGCAGAGAGAUUGUUUUCAAAAUCCAGUAUUACAUCUAUGGAGGCAGUUAGUGGCCUUGUUGAUCCUGCUGAAGCUAAAAAUGAAAGAAACAGUGAGACUGAAUCACAGACAAAUGAAGACUCUUCGGAUACACAAAUCAGUUCUGGACUUAAUGUUAGCAAUUUGAACCACACCACAAUACAUGGUUCCACUGAAAGUAUAGCAUCUAAACCUUCAGGGAAACAGCACACCAAUGGUGGUAUUGAAAAAGUUAUCAACCAUUCUCAAACUAAACAAAAUCUCACUCAAAAGAUUGCUUCCUCAUCUGGUAUGCUACAAAAAGCAUUUGGAAGUGACAGUAAAAUGUUGUCAGCUGUGGGGCUUGAUAGCAGACCCAGUACACCUAAGGACAAAGACUCUAGUAUGAAUAUUUUGAACAAGGGAGACAUGACACCUAAUUCACUGAAACACAAGAUGUCGGCUACCAGUACAAGCAGUAGUAAUAGUAUGAAGAAAAACAACAACAAGAAAGCUAGACAUCGCUAAAUUUAACCCACACUAGUGACUUAAAUCUGUGUUAUGGGCCUAAAAUGUGCGUACUUAUCAUUUAGACCCAAUUUUAUCAAAAAUAGUUUUAUUUCUUUGGUCAAUUUGUAAAUACAUAUGGUGUUAAUUGUUACAAUGAGUUUUAUUGAGCCUAAUUCAAUUGGUUCUUCCAAGAGAACGCAGAAUGCUUUGCUUGAAUCUUGACUGCUUCAAAACAUUAGGUAAAUCUCUCAUGGGACUGCAGUAUCUCAGGACCAAAUAAUAUAGUAUUGGUAGCAAUGAAAUGAUUCCAGUGGAGACUAAAAACACUACUUCUGGAGUUUUUCUCACUUUGCAGCAAUUCAAUGUUUUGCUCCAUAUAGACCUUGUGGUAUUCAUAGAGUCUACAAUGUCCAUACAAAUAAUGUCAACUCCGAUAGCAUCUGCACUCAAUGUUUUAUAGUAAUUGUCUAGCUUGAUGUAAGACUGCAUGCAAUUAUCACAAACAAUUUUACUGUCAUUUGAAGAAGGAACUAUGUACUUCAUGAUACAAUCUAUUGUUUGAUUAAAUAGUUCAUUGAAAUGGAUUGUUUCAUUAGACAACACUGGCUGUCCAGUUUUCCAGUCAUAGCAGGCAUUACAGUGACCUUUAUCCCAAAUACUCUUUAUAUUAUCAUGAUAUUCCAAAAUAGCAUCCAAUCUGUCGCGGGAAAUAAACACAGACUUGCAAGAAGUUCCAUUCACUACAGUUGUCAAUAAUUCUUGAUACUUAUUAUGGAAGCUCGUAUAAUGUUCUAUACAGUUUUUACAUAUUCUUAUGGGUCUAGCAUGUAAUAUUGAACAUUUAGUAAAAUUAGACGCAUAAUCAGCGAAAUCACUUAAAAUCUCAGAACAUUUCUCAGGGAAUGGUAUCAUAUACCCUAUUCCACUUUUUAAUAGCAAUACGUCGGCAUGCAGGGAUUCGUCAGUCGAUGUAUCCGCUUUUAAUAGAUUAACAUGUAACAGUAGAAAAGGUACCACCCAAUAAUAACUUUUCAUUUUUGAUUUAAUCUCACUUUUCCCGUUUUUUAAGCUAAAAAAACAAAGACUUCACUGUUUAAUUCCGUUUCUGACACAAUUCUCAUU